AGGAAUCAGUUUCUCCAUCAGAAUACCUUCACAAGAAAAUUCAAAUAAGUGGCGUUGAUAUGUUAACUAUGACUGGAAGUGGUGUUGCUGUUUUCAAAUGUUCCGAUGUUACAAUUAGUAUUAAGAAUGUUGGAGAGGUUGUUCAUUAUGUUCAGUUAGACGCUCCGAAUUAUUCCGGAAAUAUUGUUGCAAUGCAUCACGAUCUGAUGCGAAGAAUAUUAUCGACGCCAUUGUCGAACAACACUAGCAAGGAAUGGGGAGAACUUGCAAAAGCUCAAUCAGGAAGGAAAAAGCAAGCAUUAUUUGAAAGAUAUUACAAUCAGUUCGUAAAUUUUAUUGGAAAAACAAAAUCUGAUGUCGACAGCGUUAUAAUCUUUGACGAAGAAGAAAAAAUUCAUGCCAUCCUGAGUGAAAAUUCGGAAGAUAGCAACAGGCUGAAUAAAGAACUAAUUCAGAGGGUUGAAUGUGCUGUACGAAUCUGGAAUAAAAAAAUCGAAAGGGCUCUCGUCCAAUAUCAGCAACUCAGGAAAGAGGACGAAUUCGUAGGACCACUUGAAGAAGUUGAAUAUUGGAGAAAUCAGUUAGCUCGUUUCAGCAGUAUCGUCCACUUCAUUUCAACUGACACUUGCAAUAUUUUGAUCAAUUUCUUGAAAUCAACCGGUAGCGGAAUACUAAAGAGCUGGAAAAAACACUGUAAUCUUGUUUACGAUGUGAGAAAUCAGUGCACCGAUAAUGUUAGAUACCUGUAUGCAUUUGAAUCGUUCUGUGAACCACUAUACCGAUGCGACCCCCUGGAAAUACCUAGCCACAUACCUUCUCUGCUGUACGCAGUUCGGAUGAUUUUUACUACUUCUAGAUAUUUCAAUAAAAUGUCCAAUGUGACUGCGAUUCUAACAAAGAUUUCUAAUCAACUCAUAAUAGUAUGUCGGAGUUAUUUGAAUUGUAAGGGAAAGAAGACAGUUUGGAAUCAACCGAAACAGAUUGUUCUUACGAAAAUACGGCAUUGCUUGGAUCUGUAUUUGAAAUAUUAUCAAUGUUUCACGCAUAUUCAAGAAGAAAUGAAAGAGGCUCAAGAAAAUUCGUUCGGAUGUUCAGAAAUGUACGUUUUUGGAAAACUUGAAGCAUUUAAGAAACGAAUUGAAGAGGUAACAGAUGUAUUGUCUACGACUUCUACAUAUUCUAUCUUAGAGAGCAGUGUUAUAGAGGGAAUAGACGAGUUCGCCAUCAAGUUCAAGGAAUUCUUCAAGACGAUUUCCAGUAAAAAAUAUGAUGUCCUCAAUCAUCGGUUACCCGAUUUCGAUAAGGAUUAUAUCGAGUACAAGCAAAACGUUGCAGAUACAGAAUGGUUGUUGGAAGAAUUCGUUGGCAUUUGUCUCUCAAAAAUGCAAGACGUAGACAACGUUCUCAGAUUACUCAAAAGGUUCGAAAAACUCAACUUGCCUUGUCUACAUCUGGAGGAGAGAUAUCUGGAAGCCAUGAUUAUGUUUCAAGAUGAGUUGGGAAAUUUGAGGGAUAUAUAUAACGAAGAUCGACAAGCUCCGUUUCUACCAAAAAAUAUGCCACCUGUCGCUGGUAGAUGUAUGUGGAUACGACACUUCUAUAGGAGAAUCGAAAGACCUAUGUUGGUGUUUAAAGAGAAAACACGAGUAAUCAAACAUAGAAAAGUCCAGAAAUGUAUUCAACUCUUCAAUGCGUUGAGUAUGGUAUUCGUGCAUUAUGAGAAAUUAUACCAUGAAGCUUGGUACGAUCACUGUGGACAGGUUCGGACAUGUUUAAAUGUACCUAUAUUAGUGAGACACCCCACAACAAGAAGAUACUUGGUGAAUUUCCACCCUUAUAUUGUUGAAGUUAUACGAGAGACUGAGUUCAUGUACAAAUUGAAGCUACCUGUUCCUGACGUCGGCCAGAUACUAGUUUUUUGUAGAGAUAAAAUGCUUCAUUCCCUUCAAGUGACCAAGCAAUUAGUGGAACGAAAUGACACAAUUCGAUCGUACAUUCCAUGCCUGUUCAUUCCUCUAAUGCGAACCUUGCUAAUUAAGCUGGAGAAUGCUUUCGAACCAGCUUUUUCCACCUUGACUUGGACUUCCUUGAGUAUACCUGAAUUUUGCGAAGAAGUAAAUACUAUUCUUGAAUAUUUCGAGAUAUUCGUUAAAGAGGUCAAAGACUUGAUGGAGGCGAGAAUCGAUGAAAUAUUGAAUCAAAUUGCAAAUACAUCCCUGUUAUACCUUCCUACAGAACCGCUGAUGCCUAAGGAUUUUCUACAAGCAAAUAUUGAAUAUCGCCGGCUAAUUGUGGUUGAGAUCGAAAACAAGUCACUAGCUAUAGAGAACGCUGUUGUUGAACUGAUAAACAAAUUUUUAUCCCAAAUCGAUCAGCCAGAUUUACAGGAAAAUAAAUUCAAUUGGUUAGAUCCAGAAAGAGCACUGAAACCCAUUUCGUCAACAUCGAAAUUUGUGGAAGAGUCUAAUGCAGGGUUCAAAGAAAUUGACCGUCAAGUGAAAUUAACUCUGGACAUGGUUCAUAAUGACUGUAUAGAACUGUUCGCUUAUUUCAACAUGAAGCUAUAUGAGACUUUGGUGAAAUGCACAAAGAGUUCUCUAGAACAAUUGAAGAAAGAAAUAAGGUGA